AUGGCCCGCACUCGCCUGCGGCAGGAGCAGGCCCCGGGCCGGGGCAGGCGGCGGGGGGUGAGGAGGGAGACUCCCCCGUGGCUCUCUGCUGACGACCUCCAGAAGAUGUGGCUGCUGUCCACUGGGCAGGUGGUCUCCAAAACCCGUGUCCCUGCCCACGGGCAAAUCAUGCGAGUGGGGCUGCGAGCCGUGGGGGAUGCCAAGGGGGAUGCCAAGGGGGACGUCUCGCCAGCCGGCCCGGAAAGAGACUGCCAGGAUGGGCGCUGUGGGCUCAUCAAGCGCCCCGGGGACCUGUACGAGGUGCUGGCCUUCCACCUGGACAGGGUGCUGGGGCUGAACCGCAGCCUGCCCGCCGUGGCCCGGCGCUUCAGCAGCCGCCUCCUGCCCUACAGCUACACCGACGGCGCCCUGCGCCCCAUCAUCUGGUGGGCCCCUGACCUCCAGCACCUGGAGGAUGCCAACAACGACCAGAACUCGUGUGCCCUGGGAUGGCUGCAGUACCAGGAGAUGCUGCAGCCCCACAGACCGAUGCUGGUGGCCAGGGACGCUCCCUGCUCUAGCAUCCCACGCAGCGAGUGGAGCCGCCUGGCUCUCUUUGACUUUCUGCUCCAGGUUCAUGACCGCCUGGACCGCUACUGCUGUGGGUUUCAGCCUGAUCCCUCUGAGCCCUGCGUGGAGGAGAUGCUCCACGAGAAGUGCCGGAAUCCAGCAGAGCUGGUCCUGGUCCACAUCCUGGUCCGGAGGAGUGCGCCGUCCCGCCUGGUGUUCAUUGACAAUGCAGGCAGGCCACAGCACCCUGAGGAGAAGCUCAACUUCAGGCUCCUGCAAGGCAUAGACAGCUUCCCAGCGGCGGCGGUGGCCACGCUGCGGUCGGGCAGGUUGCAGAGCCUGCUGCUGGAGUCCCUGCGCCUGGACCAGGAGCUCUGGGAGAGCCAGGGUGGUGCCGAGGGGCUGAGACCCCUGCUCCAGACCAUUGACAGGCGGGCACAAAUCCUGCUCCGCCACAUCCAAGAGCACAACCUGACGGUGUUCGAGGACUCGCUGCGCUGAACCGACCUCCGGCUGGCUCACAGCGCCUGCCUUGCACAUCCCAGCAGCCAUGGAUGUACCUCAUGCCCUCGGCAUGGACGUUAGGAGGCUCUGUCCUGGUGCUUGGCUCUCCACAAGGUGUUUCCCCUCAUCUUGUAGGAUGAUCUGAAGAAGCAGAUGGAAUCACAGGGAGUGGGAAAGAUGGGGAGGAGAUGUCUCCUAAGACAACCCACAACUGCCUGAGAAAGGCAGCAGUCAUCAAGUUAUGGUCUCAGCAUGGAUUUUCAAAGGAAGGGCACAUCUGUGAGGUUUGUUGGGUGCCUUUACUCACACACAUAACUGUGAAAACUGGAGGCUUGGACAAUUAGACAGCUGUCAGGGACUCUGGAAAUACUUAAAGAAGCAGUGGAAGAAGUCACUGGCACCCCUUCAGUGUCUUUUACUGGGCUUUUUGAUGUUGCCUUCACUGUUUAUAAAACAUCCCAGACAGAGAGGCAAGGGGAAAGCAGAGGGGAGCUUUCUAAGUGGAUUAAACAAAGACACUGGAGCUGAGCUCUGCCUUUCCCCCUGCAGAAGAGGUGAUGUGUGCCUCGGAGUGAGUGUGAGCCACUGCCUGAAGCUGAGACUAGGCAGGACCUUGGAGCUCAGCAGCACUGGGCAGCAGCUGCCCUCAUGGAGCCCAUGGUACCAUCCCCAGUUAGAGCCAGUGCUGUGUGCCACAUGCCAUGAUCCAUGCAUGUGCCUCAGUGGUCCUGGGCUGCUGCCAAUGCUAUCAGUGUUGGAUUGGAAGAUUCAAAUCUCUCCUUCACUCUUUCCCUUCACCGUCAGGGGAUUAAAGGCAAAACUACCCCACUUCUGAAAAGCACUCCUGCCUGCUCUCUUUGGGAAUGACUGCAUGUAACUCUUCCCCAGGCUUGCAGAAAUACAUUUUAACAAAAAUGCCAGGCUAUUUUAGCAGAGGGCAGUCAAGCAGAAAAUGCUUUCUGAGCAUGCUGGUGCCUCCGGCAGAGCCCAUCCUG